CAGUUUCCUAGAACAGAAGAGCAAUGGAAAGCAAUAGCCGAAGAGUUCAGAAAAACAUGGAAUUUUGAUACUUGUUGUGGCGCUAUAGAUGGCAAGCAUGUGAAUAUUGUCAAACCUCCUAAUAGUGGAUCCUACUUCUAUAAUUACAAAGGAAAGUUUAGUACUGUUUUAAUGGCUAUCGUGAAUGCUAACUAUGAAUUUAUUAUGGUCCAUACUGGAACCAAUGGUAAAGUAUCAGACGGAGGCAUACUGAAUGAAACAAAUUUUUUUGAGCUACUUAUGACAGAUUCAUUAAACUUGCCAUCGCCCGUCGUACCUGAGGGAACUGCAUAUUCUUUGCCUUACACAUUUGUCGCAGAUGAAGCUUUUGCUUUAUUGGAAAACUUGUUAAAACCUUAUCCUCAAAGGGGGCUAACAAAUGAAGAGAGAAUUUUUAACUACAGGCUGAGCCGUGCACGCCGCGUAGUCGAAAAUGCAUUUGGACUACUAGCUUCUCGUUUUCGAAUUUUUCUCACGGACAUUGCUAUCGAUGUUAAAAAUAUUGACCACAUUGUUUUGGCCGCGUGUGUCCUUCAUAAUUACUUAAGACGACACUCCGAAGCAUACUUAUCCGCUAUCGACAAGGAAGAUACCGAUACGGGAGAAGUCAUUGCUGGGUUACGGCGUGAAAAUGGACCUUUUUUAACACCCUUACAACGCACAACUCAAGGAAAUGCAGCAGCAGGCAAGCGAGCAAGAAAUUCAUAUAAAGAAUAUUUCAACGCAGAAGGAAGAGUGGCUUUUCAAGAUUAAAUCCUUGGAUAAUUUUAGCUUACUAUUACUUUAUCAUGCAUAGACAUUACGUGAAAUAUAACACAGUUUUACAUUAUAUUGCCAACAUAAUGUCAUUUUGACUUUUACUUUUAAUUUUGAGACAGACUUUACAUGCACCUCUAAAUAACAUAUACCUACAAUAUACUAAUCGUCAAACAAAAGUGCUUGCCGGUCUAA